AUGAUCAACCACAACAUAAAGAACUGCAGAGCUCAUCUCAAAUGCACAUACUGCAAUUGGAAGGGACAUACCUAUGACUACUGCCGAAGGAGGAAGAAUGCUAUUGAAAGUGGCCAAGCAAAAUCAAAAGCAAAUCAUGUAGCUCUUCAAGAUGAUCAAAAGGAAGCUGCGACUGAUUUCCCAUUUUCACGCGAAGAGUGUCAUCAACUUCUCAAUCAGCUCCUAACCAAAACUAAGGCUGCCUCAGCCAAUUUGGUUGGUAACAUUCCCAACUAUGAAGAGCUUUCAGGACCUACAAUCGGGGAAGAUGAUUGGGACGGGAACUAAGAAGGAGGGACUCUACCGACUCAAUCUACCACAGAAAGGAACAUGCAAUGCGGUACACACCAACUCGGACCCGAACAGUUUAUGGCACCAACGACUUGG